GCACGCCCGCGGCCGGCCCCGCGCGCGCGGCAGCGACUCGCAGGCGCCAUGGCGGCCGCUCGCUGCAGCGACAUGGCGGAGCCCCAGCGGCGCCUUCCCGGGCAGGCGGCGCCCGCCGGGGAGGAGGAGGAGGCGGAGGUGGCGGCGGCGGCGGCGGCCGCCGGCGGGGCCGGAUCCUCCUCGUCGUUAUCGCCGCCGCCGCCGCCGCCCGCGGCCGCGGCGGAAGCGGAGCCGCUGCUGCUGCUGAACGGCGAGGCGGAGAGCAUGUCGGAGCCCAGCCCGGAGAGCGCCAGCCAGGCCGGGGACGGCGAGGACGAGGAGGAGGACGAGGAGGAGGAAGAGGAGGAGGAGGAGGAGGAGGGAGGCGAGGAGGAGGAGAGCAGCCUGGUGGGCAGCAGCAGCAGCAGCACGAGCAGCGGCUGCUGCAGCGACGAGACCCGCUCGCCCAGCCCCGGCGGCGGCAGCGAGGCCGACGCCAAGGAGGAGCCCAAGGGCCCGCGGGGCGGCCAGGCGGCCGGGCCGGGCCGCGGCGGCGGCAGCAGCUCCAGCAGCGUGUCCAGCGGCGGCGACGAGGGCUACGGCACCGGGCCCGGCACGGGCGGCGGCAGCAGCUGCGGCAGCGCCACGUCGGGCGGGCGGCGCGGCAGCCUGGAGAUGUCCUCGGACGGGGAGCCGCUCAGCCGCAUGGACUCGGAGGACAGCAUCAGCAGCACCAUCAUGGACGUGGACAGCACCAUCUCGAGCGGGCGCUCCACGCCGGUGAUGAUGAACGGGCAGGGCGUGGCCGCCGCCGCCGCCAAGGGCAUCGCCUACACGUGCUGCUGGGACCAGUGCCACGCCUGCUUCGGCUCCAGCCCCGACCUGGCCGAGCACAUCCGCGCCAUCCACGUGGACGGCCAGCGAGGAGGGGUGUUUGUUUGCUUGUGGAAAGGUUGCAAAGUAUAUAAUACACCUUCAACAAGUCAAAGCUGGUUGCAGAGGCAUAUGCUGACACACAGUGGGGACAAACCUUUCAAGUGUGUCGUCGGUGGCUGCAACGCCAGCUUUGCGUCUCAGGGGGGACUGGCCCGUCAUGUGCCCACACACUUCAGCCAGCAGAACUCUUCUAAAGUUGCCAGCCAGCCAAAGGCCAAAGAGGAAUCUCCAUCUAAAGCUGGAAUGAAUAAAAGAAGAAAACUGAAGAACAAGAGACGGCGAUCACUACCAAGACCUCAUGACUUCUUUGAUGCACAAACACUGGAUGCCAUAAGACAUCGAGCCAUCUGCUUUAAUCUCUCAGCACAUAUAGAAAGUUUAGGAAAAGGCCACAGUGUUGUAUUUCAUAGUACUGUAAUAGCUAAAAGAAAAGAAGACUCUGGCAAAAUAAAACUCUUGCUUCAUUGGACACCAGAGGACAUUCUGCCUGAUGUGUGGGUAAAUGAAAGUGAGCGACAUCAGUUAAAAACUAAAGUAGUUCAUUUAUCAAAACUACCAAAAGAUACUGCCUUGCUUCUGGACCCAAACAUUUACAGAAAUUCUAGUAAAGGAGGUACAUACAGUGGAAUCCUGAAAGAUCACUUCUGUUAAGAUCACAUACUGAACAAUGCCCCAGAAGAGGUUGAAGAGGUAAAAACCAAGCACGUGGGGACACCUGCAGUCUUAGUCACUGACAAUGGAUUUAGAAAUAAAGUUGCACAUUAGUCAAA